ACCUCACUUUAUGGAAAGUUGAUAUUCCAGUGAAGGAUAAAAGAAUUAAGCAGCUUAAAACCUCAUUAGUUGAGAAAGUAUUUAUUCAUAAAUGUGAAAAAUUAUCAGAUAAUAAAGAAAUUAUAAAAGAUAUUUUCACACCCCAUCCAAAAAAAAACCGAGAAACUUCCAAAUUAGCCUUUCCUGUUAAUGUUAAUCAGUACACAAAUAUAUAUGUACUCAAAAAAUUUAUUUUCGAAAAAAUUACUGUUCCUAAAAACAAAGACCUCAUUUUAUGGAAAGUUGAUAUUUCAAUGAAUGAUGAAAAAAUUGAACAGCUUAAAAAUGUCUCAUCAGUUGAAGAAGUGUUUAAUUAUGAAUAUGAAAAAUGUGAAAAAUUAUCAAAUAUUACAAAGACCAUUGAUAAAGAAUUAGUGUGGAUGAAAAUAAAUGAUAUUGAAGUUUAUACUAAAACAUGGAAAGCAGAUGAUCCUAAAGCAUACGUAACUUUCCUCCAUAGCUCUGUUGAUCACAUAGGUUUUUACGAUCAUAUAUUUUCUAAAUUUAAAGAUAAUAAUAUUGAAGUUAAUGCAUUUGACCGGUGCGGACAUGGUCGGACAUGGAAAAAAAAUGGGAACCCCAGUGUUGGAAAAGGUUGGGAUGUUGCAAUUAAAGAUAUAAAAAAAUUUGUAAUGAAGCAAAAUAGAAAACAAGAGGCUCCUCACUUUUUGAUGGGACACGGUGUG